AUGCUCACCGACGAUCUUGUUAGCCUUAUGAAUCAUAAUUGUGCUGCAUAUGUAAAUGGUAGGUGAAAUGUCCGACGCUUUACAUCGCUAGAAAAGUCGAAUUUUACUGGGAGCUUUCUUUCGCUGUUUCCCGCGUUUUCAUUCGUGUUCAUGCGUUGAUAGAAAACUUUCAUCCUUAUACUUUGCAGUCAUUGUUCCAACCGUUGAACGUUCUACAGCUUCUCCUUCUCCAUCUGUAUGCUCUGAAAUGUCAGACGGUCCUUCGAAAGUUGAACGGUGGGAGGAUGCUGAUGUUAGACUUCUCAUUUCUAUCUGGAGCGAUCAUAAACAUUUGUUUGGCGGGAAAAGUACGAAGAAGGAAAUUUUCGACAAGAUAGCGGAGCAAUUCACCGCCACUUCUGGACGACUGGUUACUGGGGAACAGUGUAUGAGGAAGUGGUCUAAACUAUUGGCAAAGCAAAAAGAAGUUGAGGACCACAACAAUAAAAGCGGAAACGAUAGGAAAAGUUGGAAAUUUUACAAUGAGCUUUCUCAAUGUCUUGGCAAAGACGUUCCCGUAAAACCUACGUACACGAUGGAAAGCUCGUCAAAUCCAUUAGACUGUGACGGUCGGAAACCAUCAGACGACGAUGAAUCUUCUUCAGAGUCUGUAGUUGAAGGUCCUCAAUCCAGUGAUUCUGCCGGAAAAAGAAAAGCAAGUGCUAAGAAAAGAUGCCGAAAGAAGCCAAUGAGCCGAUCCUCCGCGGCGGAAAUGCUAGAAUUUCUAAAGACUUACAGUGAGAAGCGAGAGAAGGCAGAGGAAGAAAAGCUGAGGAUCUUAAAAGAAAUGAAUGACCAAAAAACAGCUUUUUUUGACCGCUUUUUUCAAUUUAUGGAAAAAAGUAAAAAUAACUAG